GGAACAGCGGAAGUAGCAGUUUCCGGUUGAGGGGAAAACGCUGUCUAUGGUUAAAUCAGUGGGUACUGUGUUAUUUGAACUUUGAAAAUGAGUUUGUUUUUGCCAAAAUUAACAUGCAAAAAAGAUAUAGAUGACGUUAUCAAAGGCGUGGCAGAGAAAGUCGUUGUCUUGAGGUUUGGAAGAGACGAAGACUCCGUUUGUCUCCAACUCGAUGAGAUUUUGUCGAAAACUGCCCAUGACUUGAGUAACAUGGCGUCAAUUUACAUCGUGGAUGUGGAUAAAGCGCCUAUUUACACGAGAUAUUUUGACAUCAGUUACAUCCCCUCCACUGUUUUCUUUUUUAAUGGACAGCACAUGAAAGUGGAUUAUGGCUCCCCAGAUCACACCAAGUUUGUCGGCAGCUUCAAGACCAAACAAGAUUUCAUGGAUCUGAUUGAAGUCAUAUACAGGGGAGCGAUGAGGGGGAAGAUGAUUGUCCAGAGUCCUAUUGACCCGCAGAAUAUUCCCAAAUAUGAUCUUCUUUACCAUGGAAUAUAGGAUGAACAUGUGUACGACUGAGUGACUGCUGUUCAUCUGUGGAACCAUUUCGCCUUUUGUUGCUUACAGUGACGUGUUUGUUUUAAAUUCUUAUUAUUUUUUAUUUAAGCAACUGUGACAUUUUUGAGAGUUUGACAAAUGGGGCAACUUUGUUUAUUGUGAAAAGUUGUCAGUGUGGUGUUUCCUAUGGAAAACAGUUGUAUAGCAACACAGAUAGACAUUAAUUGUAUGCAAUGUAAUAUACGAUGUUAUUAUAAUAAACUUUUUAUUCCCCCGGCAUGGAUAAUGUAGGGGGAUAUAGCAGUUGGGAUGUCUAUCUGUCUCUCAUCAUGUUGUUUCCAGAAUCAGGAGAAAACCAAUACAUGUUGCCCCACUAAACUUACACCAGUGUGUUAAAGCAAUACCUUUUCCUA